AUUUGCAAAGCUGACCAGAUACAAGAGCAUCUACUUUAAAACUCUUAGCUAGAAGACUACUAUACAGCUCAACGGUUUUCAAAUGAAUGAUUUGACCAUUUAGAUCAUCUAACAUUAUUUAAAAUACCACUUUAAUUUAUUUAUUUGAAGUGUUUGUUUUUUAAAGGAUUUUUAUCCGCUUGAGGUUUUGCCGCCAGUCAAGUCUAUCUGCUGCUGUUACAUUGAGCCAAUUGAUACGUCGCUGCUUUUGAGAGGAUUCCAGUCGCAUUACUUUUCAGAAUGUUUCCAGAGUCAAGUACCGGGAUCAGCUAUGAGGACUGCAAGGGCACAGCAGACUGGCUGUUGGCCCAGACCUCUGUUCGCCCCCUGGUGGGCAUUGUGUGUGGUUCAGGAAUGGGAGGACUGGCUGACAUGCUUAAAGACCAGGUGGCCUUCAACUACAAGGACAUCCCCAACUUCCCCCAGAGCACAGUGGAUGGACAUGCUGGUCGCCUGGUAUUCGGGAUGCUGAAGGGAAGGCCAUGUGUGUGCAUGCAGGGUCGCUUCCACCUCUACGAGGGAUACGCCAUCCAGAAGAUCACCCUGCCCAUGCGUAUCUUCAGCUUGCUGGGUGUUGAGACAGUAAUCCUGACCAACGCUGCUGGCGGUCUCAACCAGGACUUCAAGGUGGGAGACAUCAUGAUCAUGAAAGACCACAUCAACAUGCCUGGGUUCGCUGGCAACAACCCACUGUCUGGACCUAAUGACGACAGGUUCGGCGUGCGGUUCCCCUGUAUGUCUGAUGCAUACGACAGAGAGCUGCAGCAGCUGGCUGUGGAUGUGGGACAGGAGCUGGGCUACGGUGACUUCCUGCGUGAAGGUGUGUACUGUGUCCUGGGCGGGCCCUCGUUCGAGACCAUUGCGGAGUGUCGCAUGCUGCACAAACUGGGAGCUGACGCUGUCGGCAUGAGUACAGUUCAUGAGGUGAUUGUAGCGCGUCACUGCGGCAUGCGAGUGUUCGCCCUGUCCCUGAUCACCAACAAGGCUGUGAUGGACUACGACAGUGAGGAGAAGGCCAACCACAAGGAAGUCCUGGAGACAGGCCAGCACCGCUCCAUCCAGCUGCAGAAACUGGUCUCUACCAUGGUCACUCGCAUGGAGUACAACAACACCAAUGCCUAAAUGAACGAAUGGAACCAACCACCAAUCUUAUAGAAAUAUAUUUCAUACAGUGGGCAUCCCCAUUCAAGUCAGUGGGUAGCUGACGGGUUGGCUGGUGGCCAUUUUGAGUGUACCAAUGAAGGGUGCAGUCAAAUUGCCGUGAUCCGAGGGGCUAUUAUAUUUCUGUUGUGAAACUGGCCCUGAAUCAGUAGAAACCGAUCGCCUUGAAGCUAUGAAACCCAAUGACCUGUGUUUGACUAAAGUGCCUGAUCUGAGAGCUGUGUGGAACAGCCACUUACUGGCUGACGCCUCACCCUCAGUUGAGUCCCUCUCACUUUUUAAAACAUUCUUCCUAUUUUUUUUUAAGCUAGUGUACAUUCCUGCCGUGAGCAGCUCUACGGGCGGAUUCUAUUUUAGUUGUUGUUAUUGUUGCUAUUAUUAUUGGCUAUUAGAAGAUGGUGUUAAUUUAAUAUUGAUCUGCAGAUGUAAAUGUCUCGAUUUAACGUAACAAUGAGAACGCGAUGAAUCUGCUGUACAUGUCUUAAUGUGUGUAUCCUGUCUAGAUUUAACGUAACAAUGAGAACUCUGUGAAUCUGCUGUACAUGUCUUAAUGUGUGUAUCCUGUCUAGAUUUAACGUAACAAUGAGAACUCUGUGAAUCUGCUGUACAUGUCUUAAUGUGUGUAUCCUGUCUAUAGAUGUACAUUAGCCAUCGAAGUAUUUAUUUCUGCUCUUGUCCUUUUUUAAAAUAUGAAUGUGGCAACUAAAGUUUAUUUAUUCAUGUGA